AUGAUUUACUAUUUGUUGCCCUUAUUGCCAAUUUUGUCCGUCUGCGCUCAAAAUGAUACUAACAUUGAUGUGACGCCGGAAACUCCCAGGAUUUUCGAGCCACCGCCAAGAGAACACCUAGCCGACUCGCAGAAGUGCCGCCAAGAGUGGUGGAUGAAGAACGAGUCGAUUUACUCGUGCUUCGGGGCAACGUUCGUGAAAAGCGAGGGGUUUUUCCAACCGUGCAACCAGCAUUCGCAUUGCUAUGAGUCGCGCGAGCCCCAGGAUUGGUGCAUUUUGCCGUAUGGGUUUCGAUGGAGCCGCUGGGGCUGCCACUGCGACUACAAAUUCAACUCGUGCGUCCACGAGAGAUGGAACGCCUUUGGACAUCGGAUGGAAUGGAGUUACUGCACCCCGAAGAAAACGUUCAUUUGCCGCCGCGAGGCUCCGAAAAGCGCCGAAAAAGUGGACGCGUAUCUGAUGAAAAUGCGCGGAAAAGCC